AGCGGUAGCCAGAGUAGGCAGCUUAGACGGCUUAGGCAGUGGUUAAGUGGUUAACGAGCGGUAACGAGCGUCGCGGUGUUGAAAGUAAUUUUGUGAAUUCAAUUUGUAAGACGUUAAAUUUAGUUCUUGGUUAGUAAUAUAACAGCGUUUGGAGAUUAUACAAAUGAAUUCCCGCCGUGUGAAAAAUAGUAUAAGUGCUCUUGAAAGGGAUAUUACUAAUUAUGAAGCGUUUUUGUCAAAAGUGAUCAGAGGUAAAGUAGAUAAAUCUACUGCAUGCAAGCCCGGCCAUAAUGGCCCAAGGUCUCUUCGUGGAAGAUCAGUUACUCCACCUGCUUCUGCUUCAUUAGAAAUAAAAUCACGUACUCGUAAAGAUAAUAUUCAGCCUUUAAAUACUGCAGACCACGUGCUGUCUGAAGAAGUUUUUGAAAAUAAUAACACAACAGUUGAAGUUAGAGUGACAACCAAGGCAUCUACUGUAGGUAAGAGUAGGAAAAGACCAAGGGCCAGUGUAUUAAAUACUGCUCCUGAAACUGAUCGAACUGUGGCAAGAGGUGAAAUACAGAAGCAGUCAGAUGUAUUGUUUCAGCCUCCAGAUCCCUCAAACUUUGAAAGGAAUGUUCAGCAUGAGAAGAAAAGUCAUUUCCGUUCCAAUCAUAGACCCCUUCCUUGGGCACUCGUAUUGAAGGAUAAGAAUAGUCCAUGCAUUAUCCACAAUGCAAAGCCUAAGGACGGUGAAGGUGUUAAACAAGAAAAAUUACGUCGUAAUCCCAGAAGACCCACACAUAGCUUUAAGCGUUCAAACAAACACAAAGUUCCUGAAUAUUCUUUAAGCAGCAGCCUAAGUGAUGAUGCUUUAGAUGGUCAGCAGUCACCUAAUUAUGUCAGUAAAAGCGUACAGUGCUGCUUGCCUGAAAUUAUAGUUGCUGAUAACAAUCAGAAUGAUUUCCUCCCUUCUAAGCUGCCGUCAAAAUAUAAUGCCAGCGAUGGUGGUGGUGAUUUUUCCAGGUUCAAUCCAGUAAGAACUUUAAAUUUCUUGGUCAAGGAAUUGCGUGGAAAAUUGCAGAAAAGAGAGAAAGAUGACAGUCUGCAGAGAAUUAUCACCGGCAUGGAAGAUGCUGUCAUGAGGAUUUCAUCAGGAAUAAAUUGUGAGGAGGUGAAUCAGACCAGUGAUAUUCCUACAAGAGAUGAAAAAGUCACUACAAAGCCAUAUCAGAUUGGUUUUGUUCCAGUAAAAACAGCAGAUGCUUCGCAUACGAAACCUGUUGUCAUUCCUGGAAUGAAAGUUAUGGAACAUAGUUUGUUCAGGCAGUUUGAACAUUGUUUUCCACCGCUGCAUGGACAGUAUACAAACCAGGCAGACUUACGGUCAUUUAAACCAAUAGAGCCUGCAAAAGAAAUUAUUUCUGACACACAGACAGAACAAACACAACUUGAAGUUAAAUGUGCAAGACUGGAAGUUGAAUGUAACCAGCUGAAAAAGGAGAGAGAUUCUCUAAAUGAGAAAAUAUCAAGUGCAAAAGAGGAGGUAGAAGGAAUGGCUAAAAAAGAAAAAGAUUACCUUACAACCAUCAGCUGCCUUAGGACAAAUCUGGAAAAUAUGAUGAAAAAAACUGAAGAGCAUGCAAGCACUGUAGCUGAGUUGGCUGCAAGGAAUGCCCAAUUGAAAGAGGAAAAUAAGGCAUUGCUUCCAUUGCAUGAUGCUGAAGCUGUUCUAGCAAGGCGCCUUGAAGACCUUCGCAAGAAGGAAGAAAAUCUCCAGCAGCAUCUCCAGAUAAUGAAGCUUGAGCAUGAGAAAUUUGAUAUCCUUAUGGCCAGAAAGAAUAGGGAAGUGAAAAAACUGAAACAAGAACUCAGGGACAUUCAGGCUUUUGCAUCAGAACAACUGAUGAACCUUAAGUUGUAUUCCACCACUCAUAUGGCUGCAAAUGAGAACAAUAAAGGAAAGCAGUCACCCUUCAGUAAAGAAUCCAAGUUACACUCUCGGGGAACAGAAAUUCCACUGCUUCUUAAAAAGGCUGAAGGUGGAGAAAUUGAGAAGCAGCCAGUGUGUUCUUCUCCCACAUCUAGUGUUCCAUCAUCUCUCGGUGUUUAUCCUUCCUGGCAGAUGAUUAGCCGAAUAUCUUCAUCAUCUCUUAAGGAUAUAAAUAAAUUGUCUUCAAAGGAGGUACCUGAACUGCUUCUAGCAGAAGGGAAUAACAUUAAAGAUAAUCAAGACGGUUCUGAUCUAGAAGCUAAUAAGAGUUUCUCAUUCAGAGAACUGAAGAGCCUAGAAUUUAAAAGUUUUCUUGUGACUUCAUUAUCAGAGGAUGUUACUUCAGAAUCUAGAAGCGAAGUGACCACGAUUGAACCUAAAACAUGCAAAGAACUCAAAGAUAAAUUAAGGGAUUUGUUUGAGAAAAUAAAAGAACGAGCAGGAAGGGGAACUGGCAUCUUCUUACCAAGUCCUCCUCAUCAUUACUCAGAGAUCAGUGAGCCAGGUGGAAUGUCCCAAUGGAGUGAAGUCUCAGAUGUUGAAUCUGUCCAGAACUCUCAUUGCUUUUCCAGCAGCAGUGCUGAGCUAAAUAAAGGAAAAUUUGACUUCAGCACUAGUGACCUUAGCUUUGAAAUUAAAUUUGGAGAAGUGGACAGUUAAAACAUUGGUGCCUUUUGUCUACUCCAGUUAAACUUUGUAUUCUUAAGAGUGUGUAUAUUUUUUAUGAAUAUUAUUAUUUUAUUACAUACAUCAUACAAGUAUUUCAUUUAUAUUCUUAUUUACUAUUGAUACACAAUAUCAGUAGUAAAUGAGAAUAAAAUGAAAUACUUGUAUAUGUAUAUGUGAAAAAUUUGGUAUUAUUCAAUUGCAGGCUGUUUGUUCUUGUAUGCAUAUAACCGCCACAUUAAAAUUUACAUUAGCAUUUCAA